AUGAACUUACCAGGAACACGCCUUCAAAAUCCAGGUUACUAUGAUAUAGUUGCAGAAGACAUGUCUCUGUGGCAUGUUCUCAACAAUUUCCCAUUGGAGCACUGGAACCUGGCGGCCAUCCUCUUCUACCACACUGACAACUGUUUUCUACGUCUAAUAUAACAAAAAAUACAUACAUUCAUCCAGCAAUAUCCAGUGAGAUACAACGUUGGCUCAUGCUGCAACAGACGGCCAGCUAUUCCCAUUUUGUAUAUCCAUGGAGACGGAAAGUCUACCAGAAAUUAUGGACCCAAUUCAAAAGGACCAAAAACACAUGUAGCAUUUGAAAAGUGCAUUAUGUUUUAUUUUGCCUUUCGGAAAGUGGAAUUUGAACCAGGUGCCAUCACAUUCAGAGUAAUAAACAAUGAACAUGCAGCCAUGGCUUCUGUCAGUCAACAGAGCAAAUGCUACACGACAGGAAGCAGGAAGUCUACAGGAAGCGGUCAGCCGUCAGUGACCGGUCAGUCCUCCAGGGAAGAGACAGUGUGGCACACCAUUGGAGUCAUCAUGACCAACAAAAAGAAGUAG